UUAAAGAUGAACUAAUAUGAAGAAAUAUGAGUGAUAAUUAAGUAUCCUAUAACAUAUUAAAACAUAUUCGUAGGAUCUUACGAUCUUACGAUCCGAUUCUAUCGAUUUUGACCCCACCUCCUUUUUUAUUAUAUUUAGGAUCCCGAUUCUAACAAGCUUGGUGGCAAGACGUUCUGUUCAGAGUUAGAGUUCGCUACUUUACAAUUGUAAUAAUUAUAAUGUCGCAUGGAGUACUUUACAUUAUUAAGUGGGAAAGGUUCAUUUUUGUUGAGUGUAAACUCAACAUAGCAGAUUAGUUUUUACAUAUGAAUAACAAUAUACUUGUUGACUAUUAAGCCGUCACCAAAUAUGAAUAACAAUAUACUUGUUGACUACUAAAAUAAUUUAUUACUUGUGGGAAAACUUUAUACUACCUACUUUUUUUAUAAGACCUUUACAAAUGAAGUAUAACUAAUAGUUGUUCAGGUUCAGCAACAGUCGAUUACCAUUUAAAAGCAAAUUACUUAUAAUUUUGUGCAAGUAAUAAAAAACUUAUCAUAAAUAGUCUUUCAUUUUAACAUAUUAUAAAUAGUCUUUCAUUUUCCUCUCAUCAUGUAUCUCAAUUCUAGUAUUCUUCCCAUCAAUGUAAAAGAAACAAAAAUAACAAAAUGCGAAUUCUUGUUUUCUUCUUGUUUAUUCACUGUCUGAAUAUUAGCUUCAUCAAUGGCGCAAUAUUAUCAGAACAAGAAGCAUUAUUAGCUAUUAAAUCUGCCAUUAAAGAUGAUCCUUUUAAAAGACUAUCAUCUUGGAAAAACACUACUCACCAUUGCAAUUGGUCGUUCGUCACUUGCUCUUCGUCUUCUUACUCUCCCACUGUCAUUUCCCUGAACAUCUCCAACUUAAAACUCAAUGGUACUCUCUCUCCUCAAAUCGGUUUUCUUAAAAACCUGCAAAACCUAUCUCUCCAAGAUAACUAUUUUUAUGGGCAUGUCCCGUCUUCUCUUCCUCUCCUUACAAAACUCCAAUAUCUCGACCUUAGCGAUAACAGCUUUAGUGGUCCACUCUCUUUAUUUGUUAAUAUGUCGGAGCUUCGGUGCCUUUUCCUUCGUCAGAACGACUUUUCUGGUACAAUAUCGCCAGAGUUUAGUAAACUUCAAAAGCUUCAAGUUUUGGUUCUUUCUUUCAACAAUUUUUCGGGAUUACUUCCUUAUCAAUUAGGAUUCUUAAAGAGGUUGAAAAGUUUAGACUUAUCAAUUAAUCAAUUACAUGGUGAGAUACCAAAUUCUUUUUCUCUUCUUACUAAUUUGAGUUAUUUGGAUUUAUCAAAUAAUCAAUUACAUGGUGAGAUACCAAAUUCUUUUUCUCUUCUUACAAAUUUGAGGUUUUUGUAUUUAUCAAAUAAUCAAUUACAUGGUGAGAUACCAAAUUCUUUUUCUCUUCUUAUAAAUUUGUUUUAUUUGGAUUUAUCAAAUAAUCAAUUACAUGGUGAGAUACCAAAUUCUUUUUCUCUUCUUACUAAUUUGAGUUUUUUGGAUUUAUCAAAUAAUCAAUUACAUGGUGAGAUACCAAAUUCUUUUUCUCUUCUUACAAAUUUGUAUAAAUUGAUUUUAUUAAAUAAUCAAUUACAUGGUGAGAUACCAAAUUCUUUUUCUCUUCUUACAAAUUUGAUUGUUUUGGAUUUAUCAUAUAAUCAACUCACGGGUCAGUUACCUGUCAACAUUGGAAAGCUUACAAGUCUUUUUUAUUUGUCGGUUGCCAACAAUAACUUGAUUGGAAAAAUCACACCACAGAUUACAGGUACACUAAUCUUUAGCAAUGCCUAUCUAAAUUGUAUCUUUCAAAAUAGUUCGCCAUUGCAUACAUUGAGACUUCCAACUAUUAAAUUAUUAUUUUUUUUUUAAAUUCGCUUGUCACUAAUAAAAAUAUAUUUCUUGUAUUAUUAAGGUUUUUCAUAUUUGCUUUAUUUUUUUUUAUAACAUUGAUUAAUGUAACCAAUAAAAAUAUAUGAAACAAGUUCUAUUGAAUUAUCUUUAAUGUAUUUCUUUGAUUUUUGAUAUUUAGAAAUAAUUUAUUGAGACGAAUCAAUCAACAUCCCACAUAAAUAUUUUAAAAUUCGUAAAUUUAUUUGAGAAUAACAUAUGAAAUCGGAGGGAGUAAUAAAUAGGGUGGUAAAUCAGAAUAUUUUUUUUAUGAAUAAAAUCCAAAAUUUCAAAUAUUAAUCCAAAUG